ACUGAAAACUGAGUUUUCUAAACCUGAAAUCAGGGAUACUGACUUUUCCGGUCACAAGAAGAUGCCUAAGGAGAUACACGCCUGUUAAGGUAGUUUAAAGUCUAUUUUUCAUACAAAACUAAAGGGAUAAACACAAAUGUGACGUCUUGCGCAUGUGUACUGACUAUAAGUAUGCUGGUCUGACAGAACACCGUCCUCCGUGCUCGUCCCACCUAGCUGCUAUAUGUUUACUUUAUUAAUUUGCUGCAUCUAAAAAUAUCAAAGAUAUUUUCAUUUUAAACAUAGAUAUGAAAUAAUAAAAUAUAACCUACAAUAACUUAAAUGAUAUCAGUGUACUAGGUCAUCAAUUCAGUUUAGUCUGUCCAAUCAGCUGCCUGUAGUGUAUUAUAAUGUCCAGCAGGUGUCAGUAUUCUGUGAGACAGAAUCAAUGCAGCAUCAAUCCAUUUAGGCUUCAGAUGCCUCAUUAAGCCCAGAAUGAAGCCAAUAUUUUCUUCCUGAGAACAUGAGAUAAUUUUUUAUCUGCCUGCAGGUGUUUAUUUACCUGUUUGUCAGAGGAUUACAAAAAUCCACCUGAGGGGGUUUAUUAUUUUCCUAAAGUCCCUCUGGAUCUGGACUCUUCUGGUACCAGUGGCUUCCAGGUUCUGUUCUGGACCCAGAGGGGGGUUCUACAUAUAGAAGACCAAGCUGAAUGCUUCUGGCUUGGUGUCUGUCCAGGAGGAUAUUUCAUCCAUGCAGGGGGCGGGGCUAACAUCUUCAGGCCACGCCCCCUGCAGGAUAAAAGCUGCAGCUUCAGGUCUGAUUGUGAUUCUUCACAGAUCAGUCAACAUGUUGCCUUUGCUGAACUUCUCCCUCAGCCCAGAGACAAACACCACCGGAGCCGUGGACUGGACCCAGGUCUAUGAGGCGGUCAGAUGGAUCCAGCUGAUCAUGGCGCUGUUCAGCAUCCUUGGUUCGGGCUCCAUCAUCUGUCUGAUUAUUCCCAGACUCAGCCAUACGCCGGAGCUGCAGCCUCUGUUCCAGCUCAGCGUUGCCGACCUGCUGCUGGCCGCCUGCUGGCUGAUCGGAGCCGUCCUCUACUCGCAGCGCUGCAACCAGCUCAGCCUGCUCUGCUACAACCUGCACACAGUGGAGCAGAUUCUGUACAUGGCCUCCUUCUUCUUCACCCUGAACUAUGUGUGGAACCUCUACACGGUAACCAGGGAGAAGUUCAACAGCUGCUUCAGCGGAUACUCCGUACAGUUUUCCAACAGAGUGUCUCUGACGGCGAAACUGAUUGCUCUGUUUUCAAGCCUGGUUCCUGCGCUGCUGAUGGUUCCUGUCUUCGUCCAAGGGAACGCGGGCCACUGUCAGACCAACUUCAGCGAGCCCUACAGGUGUCUGCUGAUGCACACCGGAGCUCUGUUUCUGCGCCCGGGUCACCAGCAGCUGAGCAGUACCUGCAGCAUUCUGCACCGCUACCAGAUCGUAGUCUUCCUCAGCACCUUCCUCUUCACUCUGCUGGGCAUCACGAUCCUUGUGGUCAAAGCUCGAUGCAUCCAGAGGCGCGCUGUGACUGCAAACGGUUACCUAGGCAACGAGCAGCGAGCCUUGUUCCGGGUGAUGGACCUGCGGAUGCUGCUGUACCCUCUGGUCUUCGUCUUCUGCUGGGGACCAGCCGUUACUCUGGCCUUCCUUCGGGUGGCGAAGCCGUCAUCGGGUCACGGCGUGCUGGGAGUCUGCCUCUACAUAUCCGAGGCUUUCACUUCGGCCUCUCAGGGUUUCCUCAACUGCCUGGUCUACGGUUGGACCCGCCUGCACCUCCGACGCGCCGGCUUGAUGUUUUUCUCUCGAGACGUGGACACCCAGACCCCCCUGCUGCGCUCCCAGCAGAGCAGGAGCUACCACACCCCUCGCACCAUUGGCUGAGGGGAGCAGAUGAAGUGAAACUGGGGGGGGGGG